AUGAAGCUAUUUGGUUUCCCCUUGAAGGGUUCGGGUUCCAUCAGUAUUAGUGAGGACACACCAUGUGUCGACGAUGGAGGUGGCAAGAAAUUCAAGUGCCGCUACUGUCGUCGCCAAUUUGCCAAUUCUCAAGCACUAGGAGGCCACCAAAAUGCGCACAGGAGAGAACGUGCUAAGCUAGCCCAGUUCAAAUAUCUUCUCCGUCUUCAACAACAUGAUCAGUACCAUCAUCAUAGGUUCAACCAAGCAUCAAAUGCUUCACCUAGUGUUAGUGAUGCUAGUGCAACAACUAGUGCUGCAGCUUUGUUUCAAUUUCAUAGUGCAGCUGCUGCAGGGUCAUCACAUCUUGGGACACUGCUCCUGCAAGUACCAGCUGGUGGCAACGAUGUGGAUCUCAACCUCAGAUUAGCUUGCUCCUCAGAGAACUUGAAGAACUGA